UUGAUAUUGGUGUGCUGAGCGCGAGCAGCCAGACGCGUUUGCAUUGAGGAGAAGCAUCCAGACUUCGCGCACGCAGACCGAAGUUUCGAGAUCAGUUUAAGUCCAGCUACAGACGUCCCCAGUUACCGGCUGGUUGAUCAUGUCCAACGCAGGGGAAAGAUAAGAAGCCGCCUGGAUGUGACUCAUACUCACUAUGAUUCUUCUCACUAUGAUCUAGUGACUUCAUGGGAGCGCGCUCCUCGGGGCUCUGGUGGAUAUAUGGUUGACUCCUGAACGCAUUAAAAAAAAUCGUGUUACCCUAUAAAUUGCUUCUUCGGAGGAACUGACUCACAGCAUUGUGAUGGAGAGCCACGCGAGUUUCACAUGGAUGCUGUUGUGUUUGCUCCUGCGGCCGAUGGCUGCACAGAACACCGCACCUGAAGGAGUGCUGAACUGCUGUGAGGGUGACGUCCUCUUCUUGCUGGACUCCUCAGGGAGUGUGUCGUCCUACGAGCACUCCCGCAUGCUCACCUUCCUGUCUGAGCUCCUCCGCCCCUUCUCGCUGGGAGAGGACCAGGUGAGGGUGGGACUCCUGCAGGUGGGCACCCAACCGCGCGUCGAGUUUGGCUUUGACACCCACAGCACCCAAGGUGGCCUCCAGGGGGCUUUGAAGAACACCAAACCUCUCAGGGGGGACACCAACACUGUGGAGGCGCUGCGGAUGGCAAAGGAGCGGGUGCUGAGACCUGGAGCACCGGGCGGGGCCCGGGCGGGGCUCCCGAGAGUGCUGGUGUGGUUGACGGAUGGGGUGAAACCCGGGGAUGUGGUUGGACCAAUGGCUGAGCUGCGGGAGGAAGGCGUGGCUGUGCUGGUGGUCUCCACUGGGCAUGGCAACUACCUGGUGCUGAGGCAAGUGGUGAGUCCACCUGUGGAGAGCCACCUGUACUUUGUGGACAUCGAUGAUCUGAGUAUCAUCACAGACGACCUGCGGGACGCCAUCAUUGAGAUCAUCCGAGCCGAGCGAAUCAACGUCCGCGAUGUGUCCACUAACUCCGCCACGCUCCAGUGGCGACCCGUUCUGUCCGGUUUGACGGGCUACUACGAGGUCCGCUUCGCUCCGGUUCAGACGGGUGGAGCAGGAGGCGGCGGCGGCGGAAGUGGGACCAGUCCGAGCACCGGAGGUAUUCAGUACCAAAGACUGAUAGAAGGAGCAGAUUCCAACACCGCCCGGCUGACAGGCCUGAAACCUGACACCACCUAUACUGCCACACUGACGCCGGAGUCCAAUGAACAGUCGUUUAAUGCACUUUCUGUCACCUUCAAGACAAAGCCAGUGGUGAUGAGCCCAGCUACGGUAACGGUCUCUGAGUCGGGGGAGACCAGUGUUCGGGUGAGUUGGGGUCCUUUGCAGCCGGAGACGGUCACGAGUUACUAUGUCGAGUACUCCGCCCUGCCCAGGGGCAAGGUCCACGCUACGACUGUCAGCCGAACGCAAAACUCCACGCUCCUCAGAGGCCUCCAACCAGACACCACUUACUUGGUCACUGUUAGUGCCCGCCACACCUCGGGCAAGGAGAAGGCCAUGUCUGUUAAAGCGUGCACUCAGGAAGUGACUCCAGCCCUGGCAGACCUCCAGCUGACCACAGUGGGAAGUGACUCAGUGCAAGUCGACUGGAAGGUCAGCGUACCAGGUCUGAGGGGCUACUGGCUCACCUGGGAGGGAGAGCAAAGCUCCGACCAGCGCUCCUCCUUCUAUUUGCCUCCCGAUUCUCUGUCAACGCGCCUCACAAACCUCCCCCCAUCGACUAGGGUCUGUGUGUCACCCAUUUACAGGACGGCACGGGGAGAGGGACUGUGCUGCACGGCGGAGUUUCAUUCAAAUGCAUUAGCAUAUGGCUACCAGUCAUAGCAUCUCUGAACUACAGGGGCACCUUACCAAACAUGGAGGGACGAUGGCUGACUCGAAGAAUGCUGACUUUCAUCCAUAAUUCUUUCCCCUGCCUCUCCCCUCUGUGGAUAUCCUCCAAGAGAGAUGUGAGGUUUGGCUUGCUGAGCACUCAUGUGGAAACCAUAGACACUUAAGAGUGGUCCAGGACAAUAUGGCCACAUGUUGACUGCAACAAUCUGCAACACAGAGGACUGUUUGCUUUUUUUAAAAAGAAAUUUCCAUUGUCUCAUCUGGUGUACACCUGAAAGUAAAUGUAACGAUUCAGUUUAAAGACGCAAAAAGCUUUUUUUUCCUCUGUCUGUUGUGCAGCUACAGGGCAGGGCGUGUGGGGAAUGUUGGAUGUUAUACGUGUCUUGUUUUGGAGAAAGGCUCUGCACCAUAUGUGGGCUGCGUGCCCAAAUCAGCGAUUCUUUUUUCCAAUCUCUGCUAACACUCAGAGAACAUCUGAUUUACAUUUAUAAUGAAUAGAAAUGUGCCUUGUACUUAAAUGACUUCCCUCGGCACAUGCUCGAUACUUGUGUGUGUGCGCGCAGGGGACAUUAAUAUGUGGUCCCUAAUAACAGGAUCUUCGGGACCGCUUUGAACUCUCGAGAAAAUUACGAACAGACCGGCCACAUGCCCUGAGAACUACGGAGAUGCUGCAUAUGAUACAGAUGAGCGUAAGUGAGAGUAGUCCUGUGUUGGAAAGAGAUCCGUCAUUCAUAUUUAUUAAUCAAGAAUUGAUAAAGUGUAAGAAUUAAUAGCAUACUUUGUUUACUGACACGCCGUUUACAGACGGGUACAUGUUGAAGCCAGUCUUUGCUGCCCCCUACUGAAAGGAUCCUUGCAGCUACAGCUGACCGUCUUCUGUUUACCCUCUCAGAGCAAAUGUAUUGUUUUUAUGUUCGUUGACCACUAUUGAAACUUAACAUGAGCUUGCAAUAAAGUCCUUUACUCAUUUUGUUUACA